UCAAGAGUUAAGAUACGACCAUUCGUUAUAAAAGGUUUGCUGAUAAAAGCGAAGAUUUUUUUAAAAAUAAACAUCAGUCUCAUUCGUCCACACCUCCAAAGCUGAGAAUGAAGUUCCUAAUAUUAGCUGGUCUAUUCGCCAGCGUUUUUGGCCAAGAGCAUGGUGGACUAAUGCCGCUCGAUUCGAAUGUGGGGCUUAUUGUCGGUGGUGAGGAAACUACAAUCGAAAGAUUUCCGUGGGUAGUGUCACUGCAACGAUUUGGGGCGCAUUUUUGUGGUGGUUCCAUUAUAUCAGCGACGCGAAUUCUGUCUGCUGCACAUUGUACUGUGGGCAUACCACCCACUUCCAUAUCUAUUCGUGCUGGAUCAACCAAUAAUCAGUCUGGUGGACAAUUUAUCGCUGUUAGCCAAGUUUUCAACCAUCCACAAUACAAUCCCGCGACAAUCAACAACGAUAUUUGCGUAAUGGUUCUCAGCUCGGCAUUAAAUCUAGCUCCUGCUGGCGUUUCUCCUAUUCCAUUACCAGUUCAAAGUUCUGGUGUACCAGCUGGUGCAAUGGCUGAUGUCGCUGGUUGGGGUGCCACGUGUGAAGGAUGUACUUCAACGAAUAUACUAAGAUUUGUCACCGUUCCUGUCUUGACCAAUGCAGAGUGUAACACAAUGUAUAGUGGAAUGAUCACAGCUGGUAUGCUUUGUGCUGGAUUUCGUGAAGGCGGUCGAGACGCAUGUCAAAUGGAUUCUGGAGGGCCGCUCACAUUUAACUAUCAAUUGAUUGGUGUAGUGUCCUGGGGUAUAGGAUGCGCUAGACCUAACUCUCCCGGAGUUUAUGCUAGGGUAGCGCAUUUCAGAAACUGGAUCGAUGCAAUGAUGUAAAUUGUGUGGACAUUUGUCGAAUAAAAUUGUUUUUAAUGAAAAAAGGAU